AUGAACAGUCUCCAAAACCUUGCAUCCCAAAGCCUCCCUCUGUAUCUGCCUUGGUCCAAGGAUUAUAUUGCGAUCGGAUCAGGCUUCAAUUCAGCUGCUAUUGAAUCUGACAGUUCGCCCUGGGUAUCGAAAUAUCCAUAUAUGAUUGACAACGCAAAAUGCAUUGUAGAGAUUGAUGGGGCAGUUUCAAGUUACCGAGAAGGAAACAGUUCUUCGUCAGCCCAGCAUUCAGAGCACCUCAGUGCUAGUCUUGGAGUAACUGUGGGUUGCAAGUUCCUCAGCGCCAGUGUCGCCGGUUCAUAUGAUAAAUCAGUGUCGGACAAUCUUGCUAACAUCAGUAUUCGAGCCGGGCAUAUCCGCUUCAAAGCUGAUCCGGGACUGACACCUUACGCUCGAAACGUCUUAUGCAAGUCGGAGAAGGAAUUUCGCAGCAUUUUUGGGGACUAUUAUGUUGCUGGAUACCAGAUUGGAGCUGAAGUGGGAGGAUGUGUGACUGUCACGCAAUCAGAUCAGUCUGAAGAAAAGCAGGUGCAAGUUCAGGCCACUGCCAAGGUACUCUGGAUGAAGAAGACCAUCAGCACUACAACAUCAUCGAAAGAGGUAUCUUCAGAUCACUCCAUAUCAUUCAACGGCUAUGAUACCCUACGGCAACGCACCGAGGAGGUAAAGGGAACCAAUCUGGAGGAAAUCCACCAGAUGUCGAAGGCGUGUAUGGACCGAAUCGGCAAUCUGCAAGCGACAGUCGAACAAACAAUAUUGGAUUUGGGCCUGGGCACAGAUGCUGGCGUAUCUGUAAAAGAUUUUGCACGAUUGUGCGAGUCUGGCCUGGUCGUCCAGCUGAUACUAGCUCCUUACUCUAAGCUUGCAGAAUAUGUAGCGCUAACCAGUAGUCAUAGCUUGGAUAUUCAAUGA